GCCAGCCUGCCUCCUCCCGUGGCCGCGCGUCCUCCUUCUCCUCUCCGCGAAGAUGCCGAGCGGCGGCGGCAGCCUCACCCCGCAGGUGCACUGGGCGCAGCGCCACCGCGAGCUCUACCUGCGCGUGGAGCUGAGCGACGUCCAGGAUCCUGACAUCACAAUUACGGACAAUGUGCUCCAUUUCAAAGCUCGCGGCCAUGGCGCCAAAGGAGACAACGUGUAUGAAUUUCAAAUUGAGUUCCUUGAACCGGUGAAACCCCAGCCGGUCUUUAAAGUGACUCAGAGGCAGCUCAGCAUCACGGUGAAGAAGCAAGAGAGCCACUGGUGGGAACGGCUGACCAAACAGGAGAAGCGGCCGGUCUUUCUCGCUCCCGAUUUUGACCGGUGGCUGGACGAGUCGGAUGCAGAGAUGGAGCUGAAAGCCAAGGAAGAAGAAAGAAUUAACAAGAUCAACAUCGAGAACAGAAUCCCUAAAGACCCUUUCCGGCACUUGAAGAGAGGAUACUUGUUCAUGUAUAACCUUGUGCAGUUCCUGGGCUUCUCCUGGAUCUUCGUGAACAUGACAGUUCGGCUUUUCAUGCUGGGGAAAGAUUCCUUCUUUGAUACGUUCCACACCACAGCGGACAUGAUGUACCUGUGCCAGACGCUGGCAGUGAUGGAGAUUGUGAACACUUUGAUUGGCCUCAUCAGAGCUCCUCUGGUGCCCGUCUUGCUCCAGGUUUUCGGGAGGAAUUUUAUUUUAUUCCUUGUCCUUGGAGGGGUGGAGGAAAUGCAAAGCAAGGCGGUUGUGUUCUUCGUUUUCUACAUCUGGAGCUUGGUUGAGAUAUUCAGGUACCCUUUCUAUAUGCUUUCCUGCAUUGACAUCGAGUGGAAGGUCCUGACGUGGAUCCGGUACAGCAUCUGGAUUCCCCUCUAUCCUCUGGGGAUCCUAGCAGAAGCUGUGACUGUGAUCCAAGCCAUUCCUGUCUUCAACAGUACGGGGAGGUUCAGCUUCAGCCUGCCCUCUCCCCUGAACUUCACCAUUCCGUUUUCGGUGGUUCUCCAACUCCAUCUGGUGGCCUUGUUUCUAGGGCCAUUUGUCAACUUCCGUCAUCUCUACAAGCAACGGAAACGACACCUUGGCCCGAAGAAGAGGAAAGCGCAUUAGGCCUCUGCUUUGGGGUCACUUUUCCUGGAGGCCGGGCAAGUCUUCAGUGUUCAACUUGCUCUGUUAAUCUGAACACCAUUUUUGUACAGCUCUACCAACCUGGCGGUUCAUUUUCCUUUUCUCUUUUUCCUCCCUCCCUGCCCCCGGGUAACAUUUUUCCCUCGGUGGCUCAAUUCAGCUGCUUUCUGAUAAAGUUCAAGUAAACGGUGCUGUAACAAUCGAGUAUGUGUCCUGCAUACAUGCAGAAUAAAUAAAUGGCACCUGGCCAGAAUAAAACCAGUGGGAAAAGGGGCAAGGGAUAGAGGCAGGCGCUUUUCUGCUAAGAUGGCAUUUUUGCUCACUUGUCAAGCCCUGACACAGUCACAGCGAGAGUCCUUGCUUAUUGGCACAAGGGCAGGUAGGUGGUUAAGCUGCGUUCCACCCCCCCCCACUCUCACACACACACCCCCCCCCAGCAGAGAAACAUUCUUUUCCCUCCUCUGUUCCUUUCUUCUAAAAUCCUUGAGCUGUUUGAAAACUGUACUGAUUAGAGACCAUUCUGCCAGAAAGUAUUCAAUCCUACACCACCAGCCAUCCCAGGGCAGUCUGUGACUGGCUGUGGGAAGCAAUGGACACGCUCCCCCUUUGUCAUAGCCCCCUGCUUGCUUUCGGAUCAAAAGUUUUCUUACUAAAAUUAUUUUCCCCAUUCCAGAGUUGGUCCAGAGCUCUUGUUUUAUGAAGACUCCAAAGGGCCAAAACGAGUUAAAAUCAGGGAGCUCGCUUGUUCUUAAGAGAAAUAUAUAGGUACAGACAUCUGUUGGUUAAUCACCUCCAACUUCAACUCUUCUCAUUAAAGAUAAAAACGUUUUUUUUAAAAAAGGACUUUAAAGAAAAAAAAGUGCUAAUAGUUAGCAGAGCGUGGAUGGAGGGCAUGGGUGUGUCUACUACUGAAAAUGUGUGGUGGGGGCUAAGGCAUUAACACCCCCCCCAGCACAAUCUGAAUUAGGGUUGUGUGUACUACUUAAACCUUUUAAACCUGGAGAGCCAUAAGAAAGAUUCUUGCUUUUGUAAAAGAAACAAAUCUUAUUGCCUAUUUCACUUGUAAUGAAAAAGAUGGUACAGAAGUCUGUAGGUUUGGCAGGAAGUGAUACGAUCAUUUACUCCAGGCGGGUAAAUGCUUUUGGUCACAAAGUCCUGGACUGCCACACACGAGGACCAAUUCCAAGCAAGGUUUACCUGGAAGUAAGUCCCAUUUUAUUCAAUGGAGUUUACUUCUAGGAAUGUGUUCUUAGGAUCGCAUCCUUAGGUGAUAGCAUUAAUAGGGGUAGACCUGACCAGUUUUUCCACUACUGCAAGAAAAACGGGCAUCUUUUGAUUUCCCACCCAGGGAAUUGUGGGACUAACCUUGUAAGUUGGGGUUGCAAUGUGUGUCUGUUGGGGGGAGAGGGUAAUUUAGCUGAGGUUGCUCCCUGUUGCACUAGCAGAAAAUCUUCGUGGGCUUCACGUUGCUCUUCCAGCACAAGAGGGGUCAAUGUUUAAACUACCAUGUUUGCAAAGUCUUGGAAGUUCCGCCUGUUAAGUUACAGUCCAGAAUCUGGUGCGGGCACUUGAUGUCUGUAAAAAUCGGCAUUUGUUAGUCUUUCCAAAGGCAAACAAUGUAUUUCUAAUAAAAAAAAAAUUAAGAACA